AUGCAAUUGUGGAGGUCUAAAAGAAAAUUGGUUUUCGUAACAUUGUUGAUAGUAACAGUUGUCUAUGUGGGCUUCAUUGUCCACAAACGUGAUAAACCCAGAAGAGGCAGUGAGGUACCGAUCUUUCCUCCUUUGAUUUCGCAUCAGAGAGCUGGAUCUUUGAAUGUAGACAUUUGGGAGGACAUUUGCGGACACAAGAUGCAAUCACUAAAACAUUUUCCACUUUUUCCGCAUUGGCCAUCGACACGGUUACGAACGUCAGAUCUGCAACUCCAUUUUCGGCCAGAAUUCGAAAAUUUUGGACUUCGAAUAUUUGGAUAUCUGUCCCCCAUCGAAUCCGGGCUUUACAGUUUUCAUGUAGAUACAAGUGAGACCUCCGAACUGUGGUUAAGCCCAGAUUCAAAGCCAGAAAACAGCGUAUUAAUCGCAAAUACAACUGCCGGGAUAGCAUCAGAAUUAGACAGCAACAGAAAUGGGAUCUCGCUUCUUGCAGGAAAACAUUAUUUCUUGGAAGUUUUACUGAAGCAUGGGAAACAUGAAAAAGGGAAGCUUCAUCACUUGGAAGUCAAAUGGAAAUUAUUUCCUGGAAGAGGAAACGACAUGAGGAAAAUUCCCUCUGAUGUGUUUGUUCAUGAUAGGUUUGGUCAACUUGAUGGAAAAACAAAUGCCGUUCUUCCUAUGCACACAAAACGCCCGGAUCCUAGCUUUGCAACAGAUAAUCUACAGCACCGUUCAGAGAUGUAUCUCCUUCCUUUCAUUAGUGAAAGUGAUUCUAAAGAUCUUUUUCCUCCAUGUGACUACAAUCCUUCAUACUUGAUGAAAGGACCUUUAAAGAGGUACGGGGCCAUUUGGGAGAUGCACUAUACGUCCAUUUAUCCUUUUGACUACAGUGAUGUUCUUGACAAGGAGAAAGAUUUUGUUUCUUUUGGCAAUGACAAGUUGGAUGAAGUUAUCGCAGAAGCAGUUGCCUCCCAAGUCUGGAUACAGCUCAAGAAAAAACAACCGGGGUAAUUAUGUGUGCUGGUGUAUUUCAGUGUUGAGGGACUUAAUGAUUUCUACCCAACUUUCAAGCCGACAUGAACAGCUCUCCAUUACAGUCUGGUUUCAACUGUUGGGGCUCAUGGCUGGCUUGCAGGGAUUACUUUUUGACAAGUACACUUUGAGUAACUUUGGGGAAAUUUAAGACAUUCCCAAAUGCAAAUCUAAGAAUUUCCUAGUUGGUUGGGAUUGUUUAUCCAUGUGAACGUCCUGAAAAUGACUGGUAUGGAAUGGGGUUGGGAAGAUUUAGGUCUGAAAUAGAAUAAGCAUUCAAAGAAGUGUGUUGCACAUUGCAACCAGGGCUCAAAAAAAGUGCUGUCUGGUAGUCUGGAAAAAGUAGCUUUUCUUGUUGGGCAAGUUACUUUUAACCCUUUAAGCCCUAGGAGUGAUCAGUAUCAAAUUUCUCCUUGUAAUGUCAAUGCUUUGUAAAACAGAGUGGUGGUGAGAAUUACAGACAUGAUCACACAUGAUGAAUUUUCUUGAUAUUUUAUUAACUUCUCCCCACUACUUCUGUAGGAAAUGAAUAGGGCAACAAAUGAGAAUUCAAACUUUGAUCUUAGGGUUUGAAAGGGUUAAAGCUUACUUGCCCAAAGGGUAAGGGUCUAGGCAAGUCAACCUCUAAGGAACGCAUAAACUAAGAGGAGCAAGAAGUGGCCUCAGGUGAGCAAAACCUGAGAGUUUUUUUUGUGUUUCUUGCGAGCCCUUAAUCUCGUACCCAGAUCUCACUCUGUAUUACGCUGAAAAGUGGCUGCGGAAGAUCUGGGUACAAGAUUAGCAAGCCCUAUCACCCUUCUGGGAAAAAUCCGUAAGGGUGCGAGAGUCACUUUGAUAAUAAUAAGAUUUUUUCCUCUUCAAUCUAGGAAAUACUCUUUUGUGCAAAUCCUAAAUGUGGAGGAAAAUCGUGACCCAGGAACGGGAUACAGGUACUUGGUGGAAAUGGAACUCAAAGAAAUUUUGAGUGGAAAAUCUGUGAGAUUCUCAGAAUAUGUAUACAGAACUUGGGGUGCACAAGCCCUCUGCACCCCUGUGGGCGUGACAUGGAACAAAAGUGCUGUUGUCAACAUUUUGCUUACUACUGGAAAUAACCAGGGACGGUGGAUUCUUCACUUCCUUGAAAACAUGGCAAGAAUUUCCCAUAGAACUGAAGAUGCCAAUUUUAAUGUAGUUAUCGUCGAUUUUGACAGCAAAGACAUUGAUAUUGAUAAUGCCUUGAAGAAGGCGGCAAUUCCAUCUUAUCAAUAUACUAAUACAAAGGGGGAUUUUUCAAGGGCCUUGGGGCUACAGAAAGCUGCUGAAAUGGUCAUAGAUCCAAAUUCAAUUCUUUUUGCUAUCGACCUUCAUCUUGAUAUCCCUUAUCAUUUCCUGGAUGAUGUUAGAAAGGUUAGUGAAGCGUAGUUCUGGCCAUUCCAUAUUACUGUCUAGAUUAUAUAAGAAAGGUUGGUCAGCAGUGCUUGAUGUUAGUAUCGGUGCAUUUGAAAACUUUUAGUUGAAUUUGCACUAUAGAAAUGAAAAGAAAAAAUAUAUAAUAAUUAUUAUUAACUGGGCUUGCUGCAGGCUGGCCCAGUUCAUAAAACACCUUCGAUUUUAAAAACGUCUCUCAAGCUGUCAUUGGCUUUUUUUUUCAGUGCCUUUUUCAAAAGAUGGUAGGAUUGGUCACUCUUGAGGUUUCUCUUCCCUCGACGUUAAAGUUUAAACCCUUUAAAAUAUGACGUCCAAUGUCUCUUUUUAUCUUAUUGUGAUUCUUGCUCUGUGUGAAUGUCCUGGGAAAUGUGCUCAUUGUAGAUCACAUUGUUGAAAUAAAUAUUUAACAAUUAUUCCUCGAGCCCGAAUGGGCUCUGAGUCAAUAGCCCAUUCGGCCUUUGGCCUCAUGGGCUAUUGACUCAGAGGCCAUGAGGGCGAGAGGAAUAAUAAAUUAUUGUUUUAGUAAAAUCCAACUAGUUAGUAAAAAAUAACGAGAAUAAAAAAAAUUUAGCUAGUUAAAGCUAGACUUUAAUCCUUUUUCAUGUGCUGCCUUUUUUGCCGCCAAAAAGCCCGCGCUUUUUGCUACUAGUGGGCUAUAACAUAAAUAGCCUAGUAGUAGCUCAACCAAUCAGAACGCAGCAUUGAUAAUAGACCACUAGUUGGAUUUUACUAAAUAUAUAUAUGUAUUCAGUAGGACAGUUAGAAAGGCUUUAAACCCAAUAUCAGACAAAAACAAAACUUAAAUUUAAUUUGCUUUGUUAGUGUUAAGAACCAGAAUUGAGAAAUGUACUUCUUGUUAACAGUGUUUUAUGACACGUAGAAUUAGUGACAAUAAUUUGUGGAAUUUCCGGUUAGGUCAAAUUAGUCACUUUAUACUGUCACACUAUAUUUUGGCGGGCAGCGGGAUUAGGGGAGGGGUGCGUGAAAAUAAUGCUUAUUGUUUCCUGCUCAGAAUGGCUAACUUGCUUAUUUUUAUUCAUAAUGGUGGAAUUUGAAAAGUUACCAUACAGCCCCGACUUAAAAAUGGUACAUAUUUUCCUUGUUACGAAAGUCUUCCAAAAGGAUACAAUGUUCAAAAAUGAGUUAUGUUCAACUCUCUAGAGCAGGCCCUUGCCCUUCCCUUGCACCAAUCCCUGUGUGGAGUUUUUACUCUAGGCUUUUGCCAGAAGAAGUUCCCAAUGGGCUGGACCAUAGUAGGGGUGCAUGUGGGUGGGUGUGUGUGUGUCCCAUUUGAAGUUUGCUUAAAAUCCAAAUCCCGACUUUAAAAAUACACUAUAAUAAUUAUAAUUCCCUGUGACUUGAAUUCCAUUUACCCAGUCCAAGAAAAGACAAUUCCCAGCCCCCAGUCGACCCCUUCUGGGUCCUCCUAAGAAGAAAUAGUUAAGGUCAUUGAAUUUAUCCUGAGUACAUAAUCUAACUUUUGCUAUUUGUCCUCACACCCUCUUUCAGCACUCUGUUCAACACAAGAUGGCCUACAGCCCUGUUCUGGUUCGCUUAGCUUGUGGCACAACAUCUACUGAACCCUUCGGCUACUGGGACUUUAAUGGGUUUGGAAUGAUGGUUUUGUACAAGAGUGACUGGGAUAAAAUUGGAGGAAUGAACAUCAAGGAAUUUAAGGAUAAGUGGGGUGGGGAGGACUGGGAAUUUGUUGAUCGCUUGUUGGAAGCUGGAAUGGAGGUUGAAAGGCUCAAAAUGUUGCAUUUUUUUCACCAUUUCCAUUCAACAAAAGGCAUGUGGAAUCGAAGGAACAAACAAACAAAUCCUAAAAGUAACUCAAACACAUAUUGGUAUGAAUAG